CGAAACAUUUAAGGUGAGUCAGAUCUCUUUACUCUUCAUAAUUUUAUUGACGUCUAUACCAUGAUCCUACCAGAAGACACCAAAGCGCCGAUAUCGUCAGACGACGAAUUCGACGACGAUUUCGCCUCCUUACCUCCUUCCCCUUACCUUCCGUCUCGCUUGCUUCCGGCUCAGGAUGCUAAUCAGCAGUACCCUUUUGAAUACCCCGCAUCACCUAGUUCCGCCGUCACUCAGCCCCUUUUUCUCCCCGAAUCAGACGACAUUGAGUUGGGACCAGCUCCACCUUAUACACCGAACGAUCCUUUUCAAUCGCAGUUACAACGCAGGAAUGAGAGGAAGAGUUAUCUACGUGGAAAAGCGGGCAAAAGAUUUAUAUUGGGGAUAGUAUGGGGGAUGGGUUUAUGGGUUGGUAUGAUGGGUAUGGGCGCUCUAGGAUGGAGAUUUUUGGGACCAGGAUCACAACCCAGACACCGAGGGCCCAGACAGCCGCAGUCUGUUUUCCCCGAAACACCACCGGCGAAGGAUCCGUGGCUGCGACAGUCCAUUGAAUGUGUCCCUUUUUCCUCCACUGGAUGGGCGCCAUUCAGCCCGUCGGAUCUGGUUGGUUUCUCCGACCCGCUUGAACAGAUUAAGGAAGAGCAGCGAAGUUUGAACGCGACAUUUUACCUACCUCUUGACAGCGAGGUCUUUGUGGAGAUGUGGCAGGGCCCCGCCGCAAUAGGCCCCAUAAUUUUCUCUAGCUACGAUGCUCAUUCGGAGGAAGAGUGGAAGGGUAUUGACGACCAAGGUAGCAUCGUCGCCCACGACGGGCAAGGAAGAAAACCCGGACAAGGGGAAUAUGUUCGUGUCAUUGUGGAAACCAUUAUAGACGUCGAGUUGGGUGCAAGAGACGAACUUGAUGGGCAGAACAGUGCGGGAUGGGAGAUGCUUGCUGCCUCAAGUGUGUGCCUGAAUCGCAGAGGUCCUACAAUCAACGUCACCCUAUCGGAGGAAGACCUCGAUGACACGGUAGGUGACGGCAGUCAGAACGAAGAACACAAUCGAUUCAUCUGGGACCGCCCGACGAAAAAUGGAUAUGGCGUGGAAAUUGUCACCAAUCAUCCUCUCGAAUCCCUGUAUCCCGAUAGGAAGGGUAAUCCUCUACAAUUCCGCGUUCACGUCGCAUUGCCUUCUUUGGCAACACAGGAGCAUAAGCAUGACAUUGCACCUUCCUCAAGUUUUGUACGUUCCCUUGAUGUCCGGGCAGGAAACUCUGCCAUCUAUGUCGAUGGGCUACAGGAUGUGCGCAUCGGUGAAUUAUCGUUAUUUAGCGAAUUUGGAGAGGUCACUUUGCAAAAACCGAGACUGGAGAACUUGAUGGUGAGGACGACUGGGAAGGUUGUGGGGGAGGUCGCUGUGUCUAAUGAUAUGACAAUUGAUACUCCGAUAGGUGAAAUACAUCUCAAUAUCUCUCUUGCAGCGCCGCCGCGUUUCAACCUGAUAAAUUGUCCCACUUCAGAGUCUGUGCAUCAAUCUGCGUCAGAUGUACCGCACCUCCUAACGCCUGGCCCACCCCCCUUCAUGAGCACCUUGCCACCUGUCAAUGUCAAUGUCCGAUCGGGGGGCGAUCGCGUCAUCGUACAUUAUGCUGAUUGGGAAGUCCCAUGUCGAGACUUACGGAUGGAUGUAUUCUCCCUUAUUGGAGAUGUACAAAUAUUCCCGCAUCCGCUUUUUCAAGGCCCAUUCCGUCUGAUGACCUCCAAAGGUCCUAUCAAUGUCGACCUCGGUAAUGCUCUCAUUCCCGAUCCCGAGGGUCUUGGACGAUGGCGCAACAUUACCCUCGAAGAAAGAGAUCGCAUGGGAUCACAUUUCUACCUUGGCAACGUCGCCUGGCAGGCUGAAUCUGUGGCAAAUCACCUGGAUCAAAGUACCCACGAAGUGAUCAGCGUCAGUUUGCCUGUUGAUGGUCAAGGGAUUGUUGACCGGAAGAUGCACCCUUCGUCUGCUGAGGAUCACGGAUCUCGUCCUGACUCAAAGACAGAAAGGGGCAUACAUGUCCGCACAAGUGUAGGAGCCAUCAAUGUCACAUUUUAAACGGAAUAGAGUAAAAAGGAGUGGAAUACAGUUGUUCGCGAAAUCUUAGGGCUCCACAGUUUGUAUUCCUUUGGCUACCAUAUCUGUAAAAGUAGUGAAUUCGUCCGCAUUAGUGUACCUAUGUACGUACUAUAGUACAGCAGAAUACGGCCAUGAUCCAAUAGCGUGUGAUUGAUUGUACACGCCUGGUUCUGACCAUCGCCUGGUCCAUCAACAAAUAAACUCCGAAGAUGAAGCAGAUGCGAAGAAGUGUCAGAAGCAGUAGUAGAAGUGAAGGACAAGUCGCAUCAAGG